AUGGAUGGAAUCGUUGAGAACAUCCCAGAAAACCCCGAAGACAGUGAUGUGAACCGAAGACAUCCAUGUUCAAAGUUAUUUGUGCGGACAGUGACUGUUAUCACCUGUAUCCACAUGAUCAUUCAUCGUCGCGUCACUCCGCUUCAAGACGACUUGAUACGAUGUCGAACACUCUCAUUUAUCCGAACAUGCCCUUCAAACCCAGAAAUGGACAAAUUUGCCGAUCCAGACACUGCAGAUCUUUGGAAUUUUGUGAUUCGCUGGGUGAUGUUUGGUUCGUUCCCAAUGUUGUCGCUGGCGGCUAUGCUUAUUUCGGGCCCAAUGAUGGGACGUUGGCCUCGUCUUAUAGAAAGGGUAUUCGUCAAUCCAACUUUGAUGCAUGUUUUCUGUUUGUUUUCCUUGUUCUACAUGUUCUUGGAAUCGUUGUUUCGUUCAUUCGCUUUUAUAUAUGGAAUUUCAAGCGUUGAACAUGGUACUGUGACCCCGUGGGGUGAAUAUCUGAUAGCAUCACUGUAUUCUAUACUUCUAUGGUUUUUCUUCUUAAAUUUUCUUGUGAAUAUGCAGUUAACUGAGUUUGAUUGCCGAACAGCACGUGAAAUAGCCGGCGGUAUUGGAGACGAGCAAAAUCUUGUACCGAAUGAUCAGGAGUAA